AUGGGCGAUAAUCAACAGCAAUCCAAUUCACCUCUCCGACAAGUCCCACAACAGCAGCAUCUUCAUAUGGCGACUAUCCCACUUCCUCAAGGCCCCUUACAAGCUCCGCAACUUCAAACACCUUCCCUCCAACAACAAUUGGUAAAUCAAUUUAAUCCCGUUCAAGGUCACGUGCUGAUAUUUGAUACCACAAAAAAGCAAAAAGAGUCGAAUUUCGCGCCUCCAUUUUCCCUCCAUUUAAUGGACAUCGGCAAGAUGAAUAAUUUCCAACAAGCUCAACAUCGUCUAGGAAACCAGGAGCCGCGGCUUCAACGAGCACAAAAUUUGGCGACUGUUGCACCGCAAGCUUCCCAGCAAGCGCAACAGUUAGCUGUCGCUUCUCAAACUUCCCAACAAGCGAUUCCUCCGCAACCAGAAAAAUAUGAUAUUUAUUGGGGUUCUUCAACAUGUUUGUUCGGCCUUACUCAAGAACAAAUCACUCAAAAAAGUUUCAAAGAUACCUUAUCUGACGGAGCUCCGUUCUUUUAA